UGCAUGAAUGCUGGCAAACAAGCUGAAUCUGGAAAGAAAUUGGUGGAGGAAUAUCUUUCGAAACGAUUCGGACUUCCCGACAUACUUUCAAUGAUAAUUGAAGGCAAAAGUAUUUCGUUUGAUGGAUUCGACUGGAUUACAACCAUUGCCAAAGUGAAGAAAACGCUUGAUAUUGACAUCAUCUUCGAAUUCGAUAUCAUACCACAUCCAACAAAUGUUAACCAAAAAGAGUUCAAAUUCGGAAAGCCAGCGAGUGAAGCAGUUACCAGUGAGAAAAUAAAAAAGUACAUUGAUUUCUUGCACCCGUACUCUAACGACGAUGUGAUUGAUGGGUUGGCUAAGCGAAUUCUCAAAAUUGAUAAAAAAUUUACAACUAUGCUGUCACACAAAAUGAAUGAUGCAACCGAUGCAAAUAUGUUGGAUGGAAGAAAACAAGCGUUAAAUUUUGUCGAAAUUAUCUUGAACAAACCAGCUCAAACAGACAUUGAAAAUCGCCUAAUUAUUUGGAAUGAAGACAGUCGAAAAUAUUUUGACGAUGUCAAUGACUUCAUUUCAAGUGCAAGCAAAACCGACGUAGCAUUGUACAUUUGGUGGAAAAUUGUCAACGAAAUGGUGAAUCUCAUCGAAGAUCAUUACGAUGUAAGCAGUCAGCAUUUAUCCGCUCAUUGUGCAAACGAAGUGAAUGAGCUCAUGGGAAUCAUCAUGAGCUAUGCAAUUGCACAGCCAGAUUUCCAUAGCGCAACGAAACCGAUAGUACAACGAAUGAUGGAUGAGAUUCGCUCAUCAUUUCACGAUUUAGUUGAAAAAAGCGACUGGCUCAGCGAUGAGACAAAAGCACGAAUACUAGAAAAAUCGCAAGCCAUGAAAAUGAAUGUGGGCUUUCCGGAAUGGAUUUUCAAUGACACCCAAACUAAUGCGUAUUUUGGCCACAUCAAAUUCAACGAAAAUUCAUUCUUGGAAAACAUCAUUAGACUACGGGGCUCGAGAAUGAAUCGAAAGCUAAACUCACUCACAUCUACUGACGAUAUGGAUUGGGGCAUGAUGCCAACCGAAGUAAAUGCAAAAAAUGAUUAUCCAACGAACACAAUGACAAUACCUCAAGCCAUUCUGCAGUUUCCAUUCUACAAUCUGGGCUUAGAGGCUUUAAAUUUUGGAGCGACAGAUCUCGGCCAUGAGUUUAUGCAUGGGUUUGACUCUAUCGGAAUACAAUAUGACAAAGAUGGUAACUGGAAUGUGGGUUGGCUAGGCAUAGGAGACGAAUACAAUAAACGUGCCGAAUGCCUAAUUGAUCAGUACAAUGGCUUCUCUAUGCCCAACAUGAAUGAUCAUAAAUGGUGUUAUUCAAUGGAUACGAAGGACCAAUCAGUCGAAGAUACGAUCAGAAAUGAUGUCCACAGUCCGAAUGAAUCUCGUGUGAAUGGCGUAGUGGCAAACAUGAAGGAAUUUCAACAAGCAUUCAAAUGCAGCACUGAAUCAAAAAUGGUCUCAAAAAAGGUGUGUCAAGUCUGGUGA